AUGGAAGGCACGUUUCCGACCCGGGGGAGCAAUAUCCCCUAUGCGUUCGAUCCAGGCACCAAUGCCAGCAUCGCGACAGGCGCAGGCAGCGCCCUAAAACCUAGCGCAGCCCAGGAUAGGCUGAUUGUAGGCGUAGACUUUGGUACAACAUACAGCGGUGUGGCCGCUGUUUACAGCGCGACUCCAGACGAUAUAGACAUCAUAAAGACAUGGCCGGGCGGGAACGGAAUCACUUCCGACAAAGUCCCCACCGAAAUCGGCUACACAGGAACUCCCGCCCAUAAUGGCUCCAGCUCCUCGCUCGAUGCAUCCGCAAAGCCAGCACAGACUAUCAAAUGGGGAUUUCAGUUCAAGCCGGAAGACACGCGUCUUCGUUGCAUAAAACUGUUCCUCGACCGAAACCAAAAGCUACCCCAUUUCGUAUCGCCGCUCGAAACGGCUGCGCAGCUCCGCAAGUACGAGAAGACCGUCAUGGAAGCUGCCUCGGAUUAUCUUUCGCAGAUAUACAAACAUACAAUGGAGACAUUGACAAGAAGAUAUGGCGAGACCUUCAUGGGCAUGACCAAGGUUCAAUUCGUACUUACUGUGCCUGCGGUAUGGUCGGAUUCGGCGAAGCAUGCCACGUUGAAGGCAGCAGAGAAAGCAGGGAUGGGGAACCGUCAUGACUUGAAGCUCAUAUCGGAGCCUGAAGCUGCGGCGGUGUAUACACUGAAAGCCAUACAGCCAAAUCAUCUGCAAAUUGGGGAUAACUUCGUCGUAUGCGAUGCUGGUGGCGGUACUGUCGACUUGAUAGCAUACAAGAUCACUCAGCUUAAUCCUCUCCGCGUCGAAGAGAGCGCUGUUGGCACUGGUGGGUUGUGUGGCUCAGCAUUCCUCAACUACCGUUUCGAAGACCACGUCAAGCAGCGAAUAGGAACCGAACGGUAUAACUGGAUGCGCGAGAAAAAAGCGAAGACUUGGAACAUGGGCUUGAAGUACUUUGAAGAAUUCGUGAAGCGGAAUUUCAACGAGGAAGAACAUGCCGAGGUGAACGUUCCCUUCCCUGGCCUGCCUGAUGACGAGGAGGCAGGGCUGGAUUCGGGCUUCUUGAUCAUGAGUGCUGAACAAGUGAAAGAGAUAUUUGACCCCGUUGUACAGGAGGUUAUACACUUAGUAGAAGGCCAAGUCAAUAGCAUACGUGCAAAAGGCGGCCUAGUGUGUGGUAUCGUUCUAGUCGGUGGCUUCGGACAGAGCAACUAUCUGUAUGGUCGGAUGAAGUCACACUUCAAUAGUGCGCCUCCGCCGCCGUAUACUGAAAGACCAACGCACGCAAUUGCACUAAGCGCGCCGCAGUCAGUCGAAAUCUACCAUCCCAUACACGCUUGGACAGCAGUAGUUAGGGGCGCAGUGCUGAGAGGGUUAGAAGGCAACAUGGUGAUUAGCAGGAGAUCGCGAUGGCACUACGGGACGAGCUAUGCGACUGUGUUCGACGAAGCGAAGCAUCCGAUUUCUGAUCGGUACUGGAGUCCACUCUGGGAACGAUGGAUGGUAAGCGACAGGAUGCAAUGGCACAUCGCAAAGGGCGCACAAGUCUCCGAAUCGACACCCAUAUCCUUCCAUUACACGCGCAACUUCCGGCCCGGGCAAUCCCUCAUCGUUGAAGACGACCUCAUUGCCUGCGAUGCCGACACCUCACCUGACUCGUUCCGCAAAGGCCUCAUCAACGUGUGUACCCUAACGACUGAUUUGAAUACUGUGCCAAAGAGCUUGUUUACGCGAUUGACGACGACAAAGGGUGUGGAGUUUGAUAAUCUAGACUUUACUCUCGACAUGCGGAUUGAGAGUGCUGGGUUGGUGUUUGAACUCAAGGUGGAUGGAGUGAGGUAUGGGGCGGUGCAAGCGAAGUUCCACUGA